AUGGCUUUAACAAAGUUUCCUCUCAUGGGGCUGCUUUUGCUCCUAACCAUCAUAGUCUCUCCGGCAACCGCGGAUGGACCUGUUUGCCCGUCAUCGACCAAACUAAGCCGGGCAAGUUUCCCUGAAGGUUUUUUAUUUGGCACGGCUACUGCGGCAUACCAGGUUGAAGGUGCAGUGAAUGAAACUUGUCGUGGACCAGCCUUAUGGGAUAUCUACUGUAAGAGAUAUCCAGAGAGAUGCAAUAACGAUAACGGUGAUGUGGCCGUUGAUUUCUUCCAUCGUUAUAAGGAAGAUAUUCAACUGAUGAAGAAUCUAAACACAGACGCCUUCAGGCUCUCUAUCGCGUGGCCAAGAAUAUUCCCUCAUGGGAGAAAGGAGAAAGGAGUGAGCCAAGCUGGUGUGCAAUUCUACCACGACCUCAUCGACGAGCUUUUAAGAAAUGGUAUAAUUCCGUUCGUGACUGUUUUUCACUGGGACACUCCACAAGAUCUAGAAGAUGAAUACGGAGGCUUUUUAAGCGAUAAGAUUGUAAAGGAUUUCCGGGAGUAUGCAGAUUUUGUUUUCCAAGAAUACGGUGGAAAAGUGAAACACUGGAUCACAUUCAACGAGCCAUGGGUUUUUGCUCAUGCCGGUUAUGAUGUAGGCAAGAAAGCACCCGGACGUUGCUCUACUUACGUCAAUCCUAAGUGCCAAGAUGGACGAUCAGGCUAUGAGGCUUACCUCGUCAGUCAUAACCUCCUUAAUUCUCACGCUGAAGCCGUUGAAGCUUUCCGAAAAUGUGAAAAGUGUAAAGGUGGGAAGGUCGGAAUCGCACACAGUCCGGCUUGGUUCGAACCACAUGACUUUGAUGAUUCACAAGAUGGUGGGUCCAUUGACCGUGCACUUGACUUUAUGAUGGGAUGGCAUCUGGAUACUACUACGUAUGGAGAUUAUCCACAGAAAAUGAAAGACAUUGUUGGACAUAGGUUGCCUAAAUUUACUGAUGCUCAAAAAGCAAAAUUGAAAGACUCUACUGAUUUCGUAGGGCUCAACUACUACACGUCGGUGUUUUCAAAUCAUCUAGAGAAACCCGAUUAUUCUAAACCCAGAUGGAUGCAAGAUUCUCUUAUAUCAUGGGAAUCUAAGAAUGCACAAAACUACAGCAUCGGUAGCAAGCCUUUUACCGCUGCAUUGAACGUUUACUCGAGAGGCUUUAGAAGUCUUUUGAAAUACAUCAAGGAUAAGUACGCAAACCCAGAAAUUAUGAUCAUGGAAAAUGGUAACUAUAUAUUUUAGUAUUAUUUAUCAAAAUUUUAAUUGAUUUUGUUAUAGAUACGAAGAUCAAAUAUAUUGAUCUUGAUAUUUUAUUUUAGGAUAUGGAGAAGAGCUUGGGGCCACAGAUUCGGUUAAAAAUGGUACUGCUGAUCAUAAUAGAAAAUACUAUCUCCAGAGGCAUCUUUUGAGUAUGCACGAAGCUAUUUGCAUCGACAAAGUAAAUGUUACAGGAUAUUUUGUAUGGUCACUGUUGGAUAACUUCGAGUGGCAAGAUGGUUACAAGAACAGAUUUGGACUCUAUUACAUUGAUUUCAAAAAUAACCUCACACGUCAUGAGAAAGAAUCUGGAAAGUAUUAUAAAGAAUUCCUAAGUGAAGGGACUCCUCCUUCCAAGAUCAAGAGAGAUGAGCUUUGAGUUAUAUUUGGAAAGACCGGAUUGUUUCAAUGUUUCUAUUCUAUAUUUCAGUUUAUGAUUGGCCAAGAUGUAUGAGUAUUGGUUGGAAUAAAAGUGUUUUUCAUUUUCGUCUUUCCAUUUUUCAUUGUCUACGUACGUGAUUUGACAACAUCAAGAAGG